AGACUCUGAAGCCUCUUGGCCUAGGUUCAUGUCCUGGUUUUUUUACUUAACUUGCUGUAUGACUUUGGACAAAUCACUUAACCUCUCUGCUUCUCAGUUGCCUCGUCUCUAAAAUGGGGAUAAUGAUAGUACCUACACCAGAGGUGUCAGGAAGGUUAAUAUAACUAAAGCAUUUGGAACAGUUAUAGGGACAGUAAAUACUUAAUAUUAGCUAUCCAAAAUCACUGAUGGAUAUUUACUCCUGAAUCUUUUUUUUCCUCUGCAGAUCCCAGUUUUUCAUACUUAUGUUUCAACACACUUACUCAUGGGAAAAGUCCUAAUUCUUUCUAUUUGACAUAGAGUGUCAAUGUCAAAUGAACCCUAGAGGAGAAAGGGCCUGCUCAGGAAGAGGGAAAAUGCACUCCACACUUUCACUUUAAGGUUCAAGAUCUUAGGAAGAACCCCUUUCUUAGGAAAAGGGGAAAGAGUUGUCUUUCUACCCUCAAAGCCUAGCACAGAACCUGGAUCAAUGUUUCCUGAAUGAAUGAUGAACAAAUAACAGAACACAGAGCUAGCAGCUCAGCAAAGGUUAUGCAGGGGAUAAAGAAGCUUGGUGUCAUGAGGGUUGGUCCAUUACCGUUUUCUUUUUCUUCCUUAUUCUGCGGAUCUAUUUACACAACUGUUUCUCCCAUUAGGCUGCCAAGCCUAAGGUAGGUGCUCAGUAAAAUUUUUUUGAAUGUUUAAAUACUGAUGAUGAAGUAUUUGACCCUAUCAAGGAAGUCAGAACUAUUGGCAGUAGAGAUUCUUAUAGGAGAGCAAUGCUAUUUGGGGGACACAGCAUGGUUGUGUUCACAGUGAUAAGAUGAUCAACACAUUUACUUCAUGUAUGAUAGGGAUGACCUCGUAUUCAUAAACUACUUUCCUUCCUAGCAGAUACAAGCUUAUGUUCUUAAAAAGAAUCCUUCCUUUUGAAAAAGUCUCCGUAUCAAAAAGACGCUGAAGGAAGUACCCUGGUACAAUGGCAAAUUAUUACAAGCAAUCAUUAAACUCCAUCAUCAAGAAGUCAUUCCAAAGAGCUGGAUUACCAUUCAAAAAGAUGCUGCAGCUAAAAACAGUAUUCCACAGGACUGUUGUUUGGAGAAAGUAUCAUGGAAGUUCUGCGUCCACAGCUUAUAAGAAUUGGUGGACGGGUUUACAGGAAGAAUCCCAUCCAAGAGCAGACUUAUCAACAUGAAGACGAAGAUGAUGACUGUUAUCAAGGUCUCGUGGAGUGUGCAGAAGAGUCCUGUGAAGGCUAUGAGGUGGUGCAGACCCCGCAAGGUUUCCGGUGUACUCUGAAGGCCCCCAGCCUGCUCUACAAGCAUAUAGUUGGAAAGAGGGGCGACACUAGGAAGAAACUAGAAGUGGAGACCAAAACUUCCAUAAGCAUUCCUAAGCCUGGACAAGAAGGAGAAAUUGUAAUCACUGGCCAGCAUCGAAGUGGUGUAAUUUCAGCCCGAACUCGGAUUGAUGUUCUUUUGCUCACUUUUAGAAGAAAGCAGCCCUUCACUCACUUCCUUGCCUUUUUCCUCAAUGAAGCUGAGGUUCAGGAGCGAUUUCUGAAGUUCCAGGAGGAAGUACUGGAGAAGUGCUCCAUGGAUCACGGGGUUGAUAGCACCAUUUUCCAGAAUCCUAAGAAGCUUCACCUAACUAUUGGGAUGUUGGUGCUUUUGAGUGAGCAAGAGAUCCAGCAGACAUGUGAGAUGCUACAGCAUUGUAAAGAGGAAUUCAUUGAUGACAUUUCUGGGGGCAAACCCCUGGAAGUAGAGAUGGCGGGGAUAGAAUACAUGAAUGAUGAUCCUGGCAUGGUGGAUGUUCUUUACGCCAAAGUCCAUAUGAAAGAUGGCUCCAACAGGCUGCAGGAAUUGGUUGAUCGAGUACUGGAACGUUUUCAGGCAUCUGGACUAAUAGUGAAAGAGUGGAAUAGUGUGAAACUCCAUGCUACAGUCAUGAAUACUCUAUUCAGGAAAGACCCCAAUGCUGAAGGCAGGUACAACCUCUACACAACAGAUGGCAAAUAUGCCUUCAAGGAAAGAGAAUCAUUUGAUGGCCGAAACAUUUUGAAGCUAUUUGAGAACUUCUGCUUUGGUACCCUAAAGCUCAAUUCAAUUCACAUCUCUCAGAGGUUCACAGUAGACAGCUUUGGAAACUAUGCCUCUUGUGGACAAAUUGACUUCUCCUGAGGUGGAUCUUGGGAAACACUGGAAACUAAACAUCCUCACAAGUUGGUUGACUCCACGGAUGUGGAACCCAUGGAUAUGGAGGGUCGACUGAACCACAUUUUGUUCAUCCAGUCUUCCAUCGAUGGACACUUGGGUUCCUUCCACUUCUUGGCUGUUGUGAAUAAUGCCCUAUGAACAUGGGUGUACAAAUAUCUGAGACCCUGCUUUCAAUUCCUUUACUACUUAGAAUUUAAACUUUAGCAAAAUAACUGGUAAAGUUUUUACCUUUUACUUUGAUCUGUCCUUUUUCUUUUGAAGUUGGUACCUUUUAUAUUUCUUAGAUUCCUGUUCCUUCACCCUACCCUAACCCUUGCCUUCCCAUGCCACUGAUGGAGCUGCAGUAUUGUAGCUCUUUUCUGUUUACUUCUCAGGGCAGCAGCAAUCAAAGCAAUGGUGAUACCAUCAGGACUAUGCAGAGUUCCCUGGGAGAGUGUCAGCCACAGAAGGCACUCACUCCUUCCUUGCUGCAGACCAGCAAAGGGAGGGAGCUCCCAGCGCAGGUUUGCCCCACCCAUCAGUCCUGCCACACUCUCUGCUGGGGAGCUCCAGCCUCACUGUUGUUACCUCUCAUCUCUACCCCCUCACAGCCUUUCUCCCUCCAUGGCCUCUCUUUUUCCUUCAUUCCUUAGUCUUAAUCU